GAGUUGUGCGGUAGAAAUCCUUCGGUACGGACUCGCUCGCUGCUCUCCGUACUUGUGCGUCACUGACGCGGUGGAUGGUUCGUUAACGGCGCACACGAACUCCUCUCUCCUUCAGAUGUGUCGCUCUUUUCUGUGAUAAAAACGGAUAUUUUCUCACUUUUCCCGGAGUCGCAGAGGAAGAGCAGCAAGAUGAAAUACAAAAACCUGAUGGCCAAAGCAUUGUACGACAACAUGCCGGAAUCCCCAGAGGAGCUGGCCUUCCGUAAAGGGGACAUCCUGACCGUCAUUGAGCAGAACACGGGAGGCCUCGAAGGCUGGUGGCUCUGCUCCCUGCACGGCCGCCAAGGCAUCGCCCCAGGCAACCGACUGAAACUGCUAAUCGGACCCAUGUUUGACUCCCAGUCGCCAGUUGCCUCCGCGGCCACUGCUGUUGCCCAUUCCCCUCAGAGCUAUCAGCAGAAGGCUGGUUCAGGGUCUCAGGGGCUCUACCAGGUGCCCCCAUCGCUCCAGAGUCCACAACAGCAGAGUGUCUACCAGGUUCCUCCUGGACAAGACGUCUACCAAGUGCCACCAAGGAGUACGCUAGCUGCAGACAACACACCCAGCAAGGUGGUGACCCCGACCAGAGUGGGACAGUCCUACACUUACAGCGCGGGCCAACACAACCAACAGGACCUCUAUGAUGUCCCACCCAGUAGACCACAGGGGGUGUAUGAUAUUCCACCUGGUCAGAUGUUCGGAGGUCAGCACAACACUGCCAGGAACCAGGGCGUCUAUGAUGUCCCCCCCUCUCAAAUGGACCCCAGGACACAAGGCAUUUACGACAUACCUUCGUCUUCACAAGGAGUUUACUCGGUGCCUCCCUGCAGGACCAACCCUGCUCUCCAGGAGGGAAACUACGACUUCCCACAGCCUCUCAAACACAAGCAGGAGGGCAUCUACGAUGUUCCGCCACCUGCCCUCACCAAGCCAACAAAGAGCCCCCAGUCGCCUUAUGAUUUCCCCCCCAGUGUCGAGCCUGCUGCCCAUCACCAACAAACAAAUACCAACAGCAAUGAAGGCAUUUAUGACGUGCCUCCACCGGCCCUUCAUUCGGGGGCAGCAUCUCAGACAGACAUAUAUGACAUCCCCCGAUGUAAACCGCCCUCCCAUCAACCCAAAACCUCGCCCGCCGACAGAGACGGAAGCAAAGGCAUCUACGACAUCCCCCCUCAGGAUGCCCGAGCUGUGGGAGACGUGACGGACGGCGUGAACCGCCUGUCGUUCUCCAGCACUGGCAGCACACGCAGCAGCAUGUCCACGUCCUCGUCCUCCACAGGCUCCAGCUCUGAGAGCCGCCUGGCUCUGGAUGUGGAUGCUGCUGUCCAGAGAUUAUACCGCCUUCAGCAGGCAGUGGAGGCUUCAGUCUGGGCUUUGCAUUCAAUGGCAGCUUCCCCUCACUGGAGGACAUUUCCCUUCAUGGAGCGCCAUGCUAAUGACGUCCGCUCAGUGCUCGACAGGGUCCGGGCUGCUCUGGGGGACUUUGUUGUGUUUGGUCGAGGGGCUGCGGCAAACGCUACGUCACUGUCAGACUCCAGUCUGCACAGUAAGCUCAGGCGGCAGCUGGGACGCCUGGAGGACUCACAGCAGAUCCUGCUGCAGAUCUAUCAAGUUCUGGAGAACUGCAGCUGGGCUCUGAACACACUGGCCUCCUCUGGAAAGCACCACAACAAGAGUGACGACCUGGACCGCUUCGUCAUGGUCUCAAGAACCGUCCCCGAUGACACCAAGCAGCUGGUCUCCACGAUAGGCAGCAACGCUGAGCUGCUGUUCAGGCCGACGCACAUGGACGGGUCCUUCUCUAACGGGAGCACACCUGAUGAGAACAUGAUCCACCCUCUCACGUCCCCCUCCUCAGAUAACGACAACUACCGGGAGCAGACCAAGCCCUUCCCUGUUCCAUCCAGCCAAGACAAAGACAACAUGAACCACAGCGAGAAGUGUGUGAAGAGCUGGAUGGAGGACUACGACUACGUACAUCUGCAGGGUAAAGAGGACUUUGAACGACAGCAGAAGGAGCUGUUGGAGAAAGAAAACAUUAUCAAGCAGAGUCAAGUCCAGCUGGGCCAAGAACAAAUCAAUCAGUUCAAGAAGCUGGAGCAGGAAGUGAUCAAACCCGUGGAGAACGACAUCACACAGUGGGCGCCUCAGCAACACCCGGCAGCGACCCCGGACUCCUCCUCCUCCUCCCCCCCGCCUCCCUCCGCUCAGGUGUGCGCCCGGGACCGCCAGCUGCUGGGCUUCUACUCGGAGCAGUGCGAGCAGCACUUCGUCACGCUCCUCAGCGCCGUCGACGCCUUCUUCGCGUGCGUCAGCGCCGGGCAGCCGCCGCGCAUCUUUGUGGCGCACAGCAAGUUCGUCAUCCUCAGCGCACACAAGCUGGUCUUCAUCGGAGACACCCUGUCCAGGCAGGCGUCGGCGCCCGACGUGGCGAACCGCGUGAUGAACUCCAGCAACGUGCUGUGCGACCUGCUAAAGACGGUGGUGACUGCGACCAAAACGGCCGCCCUGAACUACCCCAACACGGCCGCCAUCCAGGAGAUGGUGGACAGGGUCACCGACCUCUCACACCACUCGCAGCAGUUCAAAGAGCAGCUGCUGCAAAUGGCUAAUUCGUGAUUUUCAAACACACAUUUCACCACAGACUCCAUGUGUACAUUCAUCUAACACAAAUAAUGAUAUAUAUUUACAGCCUGCAUCUACAGUAUAUAUAUAUAAACUUAUACUGUAUACAUGCUUUAUCCUUUUCGGUCUUUUUGUGGAUGUUGUAAAUAGGUUGUUCUGUAAAUAUUUGCUUUAUUUUUUUGUGUAGAUUGUUUUAUAUUAUGCAUAUGUGUAGAUGCAGUAUUGGUGUUUCUGUAGGACAUGUGGACAUUUUUCAUGACAUUCCCGUUGCAUAUUAUGAAGCACCUUAUGAGAUGUCCAGUCGUUUUCAUUUUAACCCGUAAAGAGACGCCGACGUCGACGUGUGUUAUUGCCGGGUGUGAGCGUAAAUAUUGUAAGUCAAGUUCAUGUCGAUGUGUGCGAUGUGUGUGUGUGUGUGUGUGUGUGUGGACGUGUCCACAGAGUAAAAGAUUGUUCUUAA